GCUGGGAGCAGUGUCAGCCGGCAUGCUGUGUGCCCUCACCACCCUGUCUCAGCAGUUGGAGAGCGAGGGCGCCGUCGAUGUCUAUCAAGUGGCCAAGAUGAUCAACCUCAUGAGGCCAGGGGUCUUCACAGACAUUGACCAGUACCAGUACCUAUACAAAGCUCUGCUCAGCCUCGUCAGCACCAAGGGCAGCGGCUCCCGUCUUCUGGCCAGGGACAUUAACGGGACCAUGGCGUCCAUGUCCGACCAGUCUGACCAGGCAGAGAGCAUGGAGUCGCUGGUUUGAGAGAGGCCCUGUGGGGGGCCUGGGGCUGAGCUGAGGGCAUCCUAUGGGUCCAAGCACCCUGCGAGGUCCCUGAGCCCACAAAGGAGGCACUUAACUUUGUAAAACGUCAAGGAACUAUUGUGGACAAGACUUUUUGAGGCCUUUUUUGCCAGACUCUUGGUUAAAAUGAAUAACCUGAUUACUUUUUUACACUGAUAAAAAGUUUUUGAUAUUUAUUUUUUUCGCCAUUUUAUGUCUUAAUGUUCUCCUACUGAAGGGUUUGCACCUGCAUUUUUAAGUUUCACGACGGCGUCGGUAGGCAACGAGAAACACUUUUCUGUCUUUUCUUGUUUGCACUAUAUAAUGACAGUGUUACUGCCUAUACUAAAGCUGACCCACUUGGCUUUUCUCUACUCGAGCUCAGAUUUUUUUGACAUUCCACGGCUUUGGCCCUUAUUAAACCCACUGCUUCUGUGAAGGAUAUUGUUCUGCCCUCCACCUACCAGUUGAUUUAGGACAGUGGACAGAGGAAGGCACGGACUCUCCGCCUCAGUAACAAAAAGCUGUUUGACUUCAGCUCAGCGUGACCUCCUCUGCCCCACUCAUCUAUAGUACUCAUAUUACCACUCAUUUAUCACAACAACCGAGAUCUUGGAGCAUAUUGCCACUGACAAGUAGCGCUUGUUUUCUAAAAUAAAUUUCCUCUUCACUUUUUUCUUUUUUUGCCUUGUUUUUUGUCACUCUCCCUCUUAUUAGCGAGUCACACCCAUGUUAGAAUACCUAAGGUGGUGUAACAACUGCUACUGUGAAAUUUUAUUAUUGUUUCUUUGUAUAAUUCAUAUUAUGCUUUUUAAUAUAUGGAAAUACUGUAUGUAUACAUAUAUAAAUAUAUCCUUAUCAUAAUAACUUUGUGAUUUUUGUACCUGUCCUUUGUGGCCUCCCGCCUCUGGCUGGUCGAUUUCCACUGCGUCCUAUAGUUUACCACUCCAGUACUCUCAGCUGAUUCCCAGCCACCUAGAAGCGGACUCCCUCAGUCCUCUACGUUCUUGUAUGCUGCUAUGUCAUCUGAACUCACACACAAAUACACACAUACAGAGGCCACCAGUAGGGGGUGAUUUUACAUUUGCAACAUAUGACGAACUACAACAGAUGAUGCAACAACAUGACAUUCCCCAUCUUUCUGAAAUAAAGGUUUUUUUUCUGUCAUAAAUUCAUCCUGACAGACAAGCACGGAUUGAGAACACAGAGGCCGAUGUGUCAGGCCCUCAUUUACUCACAUGCACCUGUGUGUGUUAUUACAGGGUUGAAUCAGUCUGAUCUGCCGGGGAACAGCAGACUCAAAAAUAAGCUCUAUGCAACAAGUUGGUUAGGUUCUGGAAAUCUGAAACAGGGUUUGAAACAGUCUUUGGGUUCUUAGUGUUAGUCUAGUUGAGAUUUGACUGGUGACAGUGGGUUUAGAUUUGUUUCAUGUUUUGAUCUAGUAAUUGUAUUUGAUUUGAGUAAAAACUGCUAAAAAACCCUCUUUGUCUACUUUAGAGUUAGGUGCUUUACAUGAUACACAGUACAUUUUUGAUGAUGAUAUAAGAAUGGAGAAUCAAACAUAAAAUAUUUUUUGUUAUGAUAUCUCUUCUGAAAUCUGUUAUUUUAUUUUUUGAUGAAUGUGACCUCUGUAGAGCUGGAGUGUGUUAAGAAACAGGCUUUUUAAUACCACUUAUCAAUUCCUGACUUCGUUCACUCAAAUUUGGAACUGGUAAUCUUCCAUCUACACUGCCUGUACCAACAAAAUGGGAGUGUCCUGGGUUUCUCCUUACUCCUGGGAAAUUUAAUUUAAAUAAUUGUCAUACAGUUUUUCAUAAAAGUUUCACCCAAGUUCCGAGAUCAUGUGUGAAACACAAUCUACACACAGUCCACACACACACUACAUACAACUUAACCCAUCUGUCACAACAACCUGAUUUAAAUGAGGCAGAGGUGCCAGCUAAGGUUCCGUUAAAAUUGUUAAAAAAUCUAAAUACACUAAAUACACAAGCAGUUUUCUGCUUAAAUUUCCUAUCUGCUAGAUUGGCAAUAUGGCCCCGUUAGAAAGCCAAUGUCAAAGUUGAAAGAUCAUUAUUAUUAUAGUAUUUGUCUUAUUGUCGACAAAUUUGAUGAAAUGACCAAAACAAAGAAGGUGUUAGUAUGUCUCUUAAGACAGAUUUCUCUAGCAUGUUACCACUCAGCCUCAAGGCCAUUGGCUCCUACUCAAGAAAUGAACCUUUAAAAUUUGUUUUAUUUGAAGAAAGCACACAGUUAUUUCCAAAAACAAAACAAAUGUUACUCAAAUGUGAGAAAAAAAUGUUGGGGACUAUUUUAAGCUGCGGAUAAUUACACAUUGAGACAUAUCAGGGUUUGGCUACACAUCAUCAAUCAUCAAUUCAUUGUUGGUUUUGGUCUUUUCUUUGGAUUUGUUGACAACAAUGGCAAAACUUUUGGUGCGUAGGAGAAGACCAAUACGAAACAAAAGACUCCAGCACACUGUCCUCUUCAUCAUAACAGCAUUUCAUUGCACAGACUUUCAUCAAGCUGUGUUUUUCCUGAUCUGCAACAAUAAAACAUUUAUAGAAUAUUGUCAGCCUUAUCCUUUUAAUUAUAACUUAAAUUGGCAGUUGUCGCCAAAUUACACACCACUAAUUGACCACAUGGCCUGACAAUCUGUUGCUCUUCCGAUUAAACCAGGCAUAAACACACAGAAACAUUAAUUUAAGCUUACAGGUGGUUUUAUCUCCAGUUUCUAGACAAAAGCAUUCGCCAUGUCAAUAAAAUCCUUGGCUUUGACCAGAGAUUUUACAGACCUAAGGGGCUAAUUUCAGUAUGUCACAAACUGGAAAGCUAGUACUCAAACAAUUUGUGUCCACUGUGUAUUAACGUGAUUGACAAACAAGACAAACCAAAAGAGGUGGAGGCCUGUUCAAGAUCCGUGCUCGUUGACAGAGGUGUGAUCACCCUUUCCAACCUUCCAAGGCCUUGUGUACAUAGUUUACGUUUUUCACUCUCUUUUCUCCCGAAAUUUAUUUUUUUGUGGUUUUGUGGUCUACAAGCAAAGAGCUGUCUGAAAUGUUUCCUGUUUUAGCUGCAGUGACCCCUCACACCAGACACACACACAACACACACACACACAACACCACAACACACACACACACACACUUAUAUACUUAGAUAUCUCUUUGACAUAAGGAUGUUCUCAUUUAGUCGCUGACUUUGAUAUUCUGUACCUCUGUGAUCAAUGGCGUGAAACGAACACUUGUAGUUUUGCAUUUUGAAUGAUAAUGUGAAAGCAUUCUUUUUUUCACACAGCACAAAACAGAUGUGUUCGAGUGCGAGGGGGACAAAUGUAUUUUGAUUUUUAAAAAACUUUUACCAAAGACUUGAAUCUUUCCCAUGCAGAAAAUAUAUUGGGUGAGCUUUUCUCUCCCUCUCUUUUGAUGAUUUAUCUCUCCUGACUGGAUGCCCAACCCUCCUCUCCCCCCCUUACAAUAUAUCUGUAUUUUUAUCAGUGUCCUUACAAAAGUCUCACCUCAGUAUCUGGUAUCUGUUUGUUUUAAAUUCAGCCAAGUCCUUACUUGCAGUCAUUGUUAUACACCGUCAUUUGGGAUAAAGAGAUGCAUCAAAAGAUAAACUGAGCAGACAGAAUGGCAUUAAAGAUUCAAAACAUUUCUAUUUCUGUUUCUCUGGGAGUGUUAUCUCCAUCUUUUCCACCUUGUAGGGAGAAAUCCACCAUUUUUUUUUCUGUUUUGGGGGCAUUUAUUUAUUUUUUUGUUGAAGACACACUUUGUCUAAGUGCCAGGUCACACCAGAAAGUGGAAUCUUUGAAAAAAGCUACUGCUACCUUAACUUCUAACAUGCUAGCUACCUGACAACGUGCUAGUGCUAGUCAGUCAAAGGAGCUUGCCAUACUAGUUAGCUUGCUACGUCACUAACAGGACAAUUGAGUUAAUUUAGUUAACAAGCUAAUUCAAGGAAAUACUAUACUAUACUACCAAUAUCCACAUCUAUUAUGACUGAAUGCAGGCCAUCAUGCAUCUCUUUUGUGGAACAGGAUGAUAUCAAAUGGAAUUGUGUUAAUAUGAUAGCUGCCUCCAUUUUGAACUUGGGAUCUCCAAUCCCUCAAAGUUUUGCACUAUCAAGACUUAACAGCAUGAAUUCGCAUGUUCUGCGAAAUGUACUGAUUUCUGAAAUGCUGCUGUUAUAUAUGCUGGUGUGACCAGGUCCUUACAAUGGUCACUCUACCAUUUUCCCCAUUUUCAGGUGAUUCUGAUCUUUGCGAUCAUCCAGAAUGAAAAGUGUUUUGUGUUGCCUUUGAAGGGCACACACAGCUGUACUGUCAAUAAGAAAUGUACAUAUAUUUUGUUGCCUCUGUAACCCAGCCCUUCUCUGGAAACUGUGUAUGUAUUGAUCGUUUCAGAGGAAAUGUUUUCAUGAGACUUUGAAAUUCUAUCAUUUUUUAAUUUCUCGAUGAUUUUGUAAAUCAAGCUUAAUUUUUUUACAUUUCUUGGCCUUGCAUAUACCACAAAUCUCUUACAAGGUUUCCAGUCUGAUAAUCACAAGUACUUUCAGUCAGUUUUCUCUCAAUUUGAACUCACGGCAUCGCUAUUUGUGGUGGAUCGUGUGGAAGCCAGGUGCCUGUGCGUCCAGGUUGUAGUCACUAUUGCAUUCCAGUUUCCAGCCUCACGCCCUCCAUUAUUGUUCAGGCAGUGAUUGUGAUAUUACAAUGUAAACCCUCUUCUUUUGAUUAAUUUGGCUUUUGGUAUUCAUCCUCUGGAGGCUAUGAUUCUGUUGUCAGACGUGAACAAUAGAAUAGCUCUCCUGUAAGUCACUUGAUAAUUAUCAUAUUAUAUUAUUGACCCGUUUUGGAAAGGUGGCUGCUCGCUCCUCUUUUGUAACAUGAAUAAAGAUGGAUUUCUUUUUUUUCUUUUUGUUAAAAGCUAUA